AAGCCGAGGAAGCCGCCAUGGGUUCACCACGCCAUGGGUUCACCGACCUGGAAGAAAACCUGAAAUGCUCUAUUUGUUUGGGAAUCUUUAAGGAUCCAGUGGUUCUGCGCUGUAGUCACAGUUUCUGUAAGGAUUGUGUUGAGCUACACUGGCAUUUGAAGGUGGUGAAGGAAUGUCCAAUCUGCAGAUAUGUUACAAAUCGCUCUCCACUGAAGAAUCUGGCUCUUAAGAGUGUGUGCGAGUGUUUUGUGGAGGAGAAGAGACGCAGGAUUUCAACCGAAUAUGAAGGUUUGCUCUGUGUGGUCCAUGGUUUAAAGCAUGAGCUCUUCUGCACAGAUGACCAGAAGCUGGUGUGUAUGAAAUGUGUGUCUCAGGAACAUCAAGACCACAACUUUUGUGCCAUCAAAAAAGCAGCUGAGGACCACAAGAAUAAACUUCAGAAUCCUUUAAAGGAGCUUGAGAACAAGCUGAACACUCUAAAUUCCAAAAGGAUCACCUUUUCCCACACAGACACAGAACUCCAGUCUCAGGGCCAGCAGACUGAGAUGCAGAUAAAGAAGGAGUUUAAGAUGCUUAAUCACUUCCUCAUAAAGGAAGAAGAGGCUCGAAUAUCUGCACUGAGAGAUGAACAGAAGAGGAAGACAGAGAUGAUUAUGGAGAAGAUUGCAGAAGUUGACAGACAGAAAACUGUUUUAUCUCAACAAAUCCAAAAUAUUAAUGAUGACCUAAAUCAGGACGAGAGUCUUUUCUUACACAACUUUAGAGAAACAGAGGAGAGACUUAAGCACACACUACCAGAAAUAAAUCUUGGCUCAGGUGCUAUGAUCGACGUGGCUAAACACACCAGGAAUCUGCGAUCCGAAGUGUGUGCGAAGAUGAAUGGGUCUUUAGUAAUACGGGAGAGUUUUCAGAGAAAGGAGAUAAGAUCCAGUAAUUCUGAACCCAAAUAUUAAAACAGCUGACCUCCGUUCAGUACCGGCUUUUGAACUCUCCAGAAAUACGCCUCUGCAGAAUUCUGGAAUCAGGGGUACUUUCACGUUUGGAAGCCAAGGAAGCCUGUGAUCAUUGGGCUGUGGGAGUUGUUACUGAAACGGCAAACACUAUCCAGCUCUACAUUCGUCAUCGCUUGUAUUAACCGUACAUGUUCUUAGACCUUAGUAGCACCCAAGCUUAAGAAAGUGUGUGUUUUACUUGACAUGGAUAAACAACAGGGGGUUUUCAGUGAUCUUGACACUAGCAUCACAAUGAAAUCAUUCACAUAUAUAUUGGGACCUAUUGAGAAAAUGUAAAUGUAAAAUGUAAGCAAGACAAAAUAUAAAAGCUGGUGAAAGAAUAACAAAUUAUAAAUGUUUUGUAAAUUAUUAUUGUUGGAAAUUGCGGUGGUAAAAGUGAGAUUAAACACUUCAGGGUAGGAACAAAGACGAAAAACUGAAAUAAAACAGACGGUGCAGUCAUUCAGACUAAAGGUAGUGGUAUUAGAGUUAAGAAUCCUUGAGAAAUAUUAUUAAUAAAUGUUUUUUUUCCAUUAA